AUGGCGUCGUUUCGGCUGGCUCGUUCCGCCUCGGUCGCCCUCCUCAGGCCGUCUCUUGCUUCCUCGCUCUCUAUCCUGUCUUCUUCAUCGCAAUCAUCCUCAACCGCGACCACCGGUCUCCAUUUCAGCACUCCGUUCUCUCGACUUUCUCAGUUGUUUCCCGAUCAUGAUGAUUCGCGUCAUCAUUUCAGAGUACCCAAGGAAAAUCUGUCGUUCCUCUCGAAUUUCAGACCUGGAGUUUGUUGGAUGUCCACCUCUUCUGGAGUCGCCGACAGCUCGGGUAAAGGUGAUCAACCGGAUAGGAGUAGCGAUAACAAGAAUGUUGCGGGGGUUCCCUCUUGGAUUGACGUUUAUUUACCCCGAGGAAUUCAGCCUUACGCUAAGCUUGCCCGCCUCGAUAAGCCUAUUGGAACUUGGUUGCUCGCUUGGCCUUGCAUGUGGUCAAUUACAUUAGCAUCGGCACCAGGCCAUCUUCCUGAUUUUAAGAUGAUGGCUUUGUUUGGUUGCGGGGCUCUGCUUUUGAGAGGUGCUGGUUGUACCGUCAACGACCUCCUUGAUCGGGAUAUUGAUACUAUGGUGGAACGUACAAAGCUAAGACCAGUUGCAAGUGGUCUUUUGAAACCAUUUCAAGGGAUUUGUUUUCUUGGGUUUCAACUGCUUUUGGGUCUUGGAAUUCUCCUUCAGCUUAAUAAUUAUAGCCGUGUAUUAGGGGCUUCGUCCUUGUUUCUAGUCUUCUCCUAUCCUCUCAUGAAGAGGUUUACAUUUUGGCCUCAAGCCUAUCUUGGUCUGACCUUCAAUUGGGGAGCAUUAUUAGGUUGGUCGGCGAUUAGAGGGAGUCUAGAUCCAGCCAUUGCGCUCCCACUGUACUUUUCUGGAGUAUUUUGGACUCUUGUGUAUGAUACGAUAUAUGCACAUCAGGAUAAAGAGGAUGAUAUUAAAGUUGGUGUUAAAUCUACAGCCUUGAGGUUUGGGGAUACAACUAAGGAGUGGACAACUGGGUUUGGAAUUGCAUGCAUAAGUAGUCUUGCUCUUAGUGGAUACAAUGCUGAUAUAGGGUGGUCAUAUUAUGCGUUUCUCUCAGCAGCAUCUGGACAAAUGGCUUGGCAGAUAUGGACCGUUAAUCUAACAUGCCGUGCAGAUUGCAAUAGAAAGUUUGUGUCCAACAAGUGGUUUGGUGCGCUUAUUUUCAGCGGGAUUUUAUUUGGAAGAGUCUUCUCGUAAAGGUCUGAUUAGACAUCCCAAACUAUUGAAACCAAAACUGUUUUUGAGUGCUUGGAAAUAAGUUCCAUUUUCAUUUCAGUAGGAACCGGGGAAAGGGAAAGACAGUAAAGGAAAUAAGUGGGAGUUAAUUAAGUUGUUCCGAUUUCAUUUCGGACCAAUUCCAGUCAAGCUUCUUUAGCUCCUUGAUAACGCCUUAGAUUGGCCUUUUCCUUAAGCUUUUGCCUGUAAACCUUUUAUAAAAGCUUGGAUGUCCCUGUCAUAUGUCAAGUUCUAACUGGACUUGAAUACAUUCCCGCAAAGUUUGUGUACUUUCUGAGUAGUGAUCAAACUGGGUGCUAUGGUUUUGAGGACAAGCAUGACAAUAGUUUUGCCGCGUAGGAGGAAGUAUUGUUAUGUAUUAAAUUACAUGUUUAAUGUAUUUUAUUUUAUUUUUGAA